AUGGUGACUACCAGGUCUCAGGAACGCAAGAAAGCUUCUUUCACCUCGCCCUUUCCUCUAGCAGAAGCGGACUCGGCGUGGUCACCCGAUGCUGGAAUAACGCCGUCCAGGAAACCCAAGACACCCUCUGCGAGUAUUCCUGCCCGCGAGACCAGUCUUGGCCCACCAGUGAAGAAGAACAAGAUUGAAGUCGUCAUAAAUAUAGCACCGAAUCAAGAGAUAACGCCAAAUCUUCUCCGCCAGGAGGGACCACAAUACCAAGGCAACGAAAUGGGACAGAUAAUUUCGCAGAGCCAGUCUGCGAAUGUCGGCCUUCCCUCUGUAUCAGACGGGCUCGAGGGUACCUCGUCCCAUGAUGCAGCCAAAACUAUGCAAGCCGACGUCAAGGAGGCUGCGGAAAAAAUACCCCAAGAUGGUCGAGAUGUACAGACUACACUUGCGGACCGCUCGAAGCGCCCUGUGUCACCAUCCUCCACAUCGGCAUCCACCCCCAAAAGACGGCGGUUCUCUAGCGGAAGCCCGGAGGAAGUGAUGCCUGAGGCGAGUAUUCUCAAGGAGCAGCGUUCAGGUGCUGCUGAUCAAGGCGGUGAAGAGGAGUCGGAGGAUGAUUCCGCGCCCGAAGUGGUCAGCAGCUCCGUUGCUGCACAACAAGUCUGGGGAGUGCCGAAUUCUUCGCUACAGCGCACGAAACGCAAAACACGGAGAACACUAAGGAAUGUUGACGAGGGCGAUGACCGGCCAAUGUCAGGGUCGGACAUGACAACAACCUCGAAGCCACAGAACCGAGACCCAGAACAAGACACAGCCGGAGAACCCACUGCAUCAGGUCGAAUACCUCAACAAAGUGGUGCAGAGAGCGACACGGGUCAGGCGCCAAUGCCCACUACGGACAACUCGAGCCCCGUCCGAACAUCUCAAGAGACCAUCGAGAUUAUCAAUGCAUCGAGGAGUGAUGAAGCCCUGAUGCCGGCAGAUGCCACGACUCAAUCAGCCGAAGAUGAAACACGACCCUUGGACCCUGAAAAUAUUGACACAGCCGCUCAGUUGGAGCUUUCUAAGCCGCUGGGAGAGGAAGAUAUUUCCGCCUCCAUUGAGAUCAAUCAUCGAAUGGAUCCAGAACAGGAGGAUCAACAUGCGGUGAACCUGUCGAACUCCCUAUCGCAAGCCUCGAGUGCCGACACUCCAAACCUACCAUCACGAGGACAAGCCGAAAUAGAAGUGAAUGCCGAGUCUAAUGCCAUGAAUCCCAGUCUGGGAGUUCACCUAGGUGCCACGCUAGAAGUCCGAACGAAAAGGGUCGGCGGCGUGGACACGGGAUUGAUUGAGUCAUGCAGUCGAUCUCAUGGAGCCGAGAGUAUUCAGGUGAAGAUGCCUAAUGUGAAAACCCCUACGUCUCGGAACCGCUCACUGUCUCGAUCAUCGCUCCAUGCGCCACAAGUUUUGUCGAGGCCAAGGCCAUCAUCUCUACAACAAUACAGAACUCAACUAUUAGACCGACAUCCCAGAAGUGCGAAUUGGGGACCGCCAGGUUUCCGGAAGUCCAAGUUUGUUGGGGUGUGA